UCGGUUAAAGACUGGUACUGUGGAAGGCAGGACUGUGGCUGCACCUACCAAAUAACGGCGUGUCUGCUGGAUGAGAAUCACGUGGUCCUGCAGGAGUUCAGACCCGAACCCGUGACACUGGACCCCGAGUGCGACGACUGUUCAUGGAAAGAGGUCAGCCACACCUUUUCUGAAUAUGGUGCCGGGCUCCGUUUCAUCUCCUUUGAACACGGAGGGCAAGAUACAAAGUACUGGGAGGGCUGGUUUGGAGUCAGAGUUACUGGGAGCUCCGUUACUGUUCAGGUGUAGGCAACAGGGGAGGGUGAAAUGCACAGAAUGUGCAAUGGUUUCCAC